AUGGGAGCUCCACUAAACCUAUCAGAAUUGUUUCAGAGACCGGUACAAUCUACAGAGGCACACCUCCAUCAGGCCUGUGACACCCCGACUACCAGAGGAGAGCGGUUGGCUGCUUCCAUCCCCAUACCUGAAUGGCGGGACCGAUUACCGCAAUGCUUACCUGGGCUUCGAGUCUCGAGAGGAGGAACCCUCACAUCGCCGCCCAACACUCAGGGGAACAAUCUUCUCUGGGAAUUCCGUUACCGGCUCGGAAGAGAACCGGAUCCGAGGGUGAACAAAAUGCGGGCUCGUGAUGCAGCCUGGGGCUGGCAGAGUGAAUAA